AUGACACCGGUGAACGUCACAAUCGCCGUUCUAGGGGCCACUGGAACCCAAGGUCGUGGUGUCGUGGCUGCACUGCUGAAGACGACCCAAGCAAACUUUUCUGUCAUUGCAUUGACACGCGACCUCAACUCUGAAGCCUCGCGUAGUCUCCUUGAUCGACAUCAUGGAGAUACCCGACUCAGUUUGAAAUCUGCAAACGCCUAUGACUUCAAUUCUUUAUUGCAGGCAUUUGAAGGUGUAUAUGGAGUGUUUGCUGUCACCAAUACGAGGUUGUCGGGUCAAAUCAUUCAAGACGAGGCCGACAUGAAACAUGAGUUGAUCGCCGGGCAGAAUAUAAUAAAUGCCGCAAAGAUCUGUCAAAUCAAGCACUUCGUCAUGAGCAGCCUGCCGAGUAUAAGUAAUGCUAGCAAUGGAAGAUUUUCUAAAGUUCUGCAUUUCGACCAGAAGCAUGAUAUCGAAGAAAUGGCCCAAAAAGAGCUUCCUGCUACAUUUGUACAUCCUGGUAUGUCAUCUCGAUCUGGGAGCCUUCGAAAUUCAAAAUUGACUAUCCUAGGGUUGUUUUACUCGAACUUAAAUUGGCCCCAGUAUUGUCUGACAAAGGAUGAAGAUGGAAUACUGCAUUUUGUGAGUCCUCUUUCCAAGGAGAAAAGGACUGGAUGGGUGGAUCCAUCUUACGACAUUGGAAUAUUUGUUGCAGGUAGUAGUCCCUUGUUAGAAUGCUUCAAUCGGCUUAUAUUUUGUCAAGGGCCAGACAAAACGGUUGCGAAGGUGUAUCCGGUUGUCGGCCCUCAAAUCUCCACUCGAGAGAUGAUAGAAACAUUUGAGGCUGCAACCUCUCGACGAGCCGUUGCGCAGCCUUCAACGAUCAAGGAGUGGGGAGAACGUGUAUCGUCAAGCGCUGGUGCGGGUUACCGUGAAGAUAUCGAACAAAUGAUGGAGUGGAUCAAUAUUGCACCAGAGGACAAGAUCUGCUUUGGUACCGUUGAUCCGGAGGAAGACCUUUCUUUGGUGGACCUUGGUGUUUGCGCAAGUUCUUUCCGCGAGUGGAUCGAACGGACAGGGUGGCAGGGACCUUGA